AUGAGUCCUCCUCAGAGGUACUCGUUCGUCAAUGCGCGUCCCCAGACCAAGGCCGAGAAGCGGCAGACUCGAACUGCGAUCCGCUCGCACAUCGGUCGAUGGACACAGGAGAACCAGCAGAAGAUUGAGAGCACUAAGAGUGCAGCGGGCCCGAGUGCGAGUGCCAGUGAGAGAAGCUCACCGGAAUUAUCGCGGACAGAUUCGCUCUCUCCUGUCGAGUCGGCUCAGUCACAAUCGCAGCGUCAUUCACGUAUAAAAGUGGCAAGGGCGGGUGAUACCGACAGUUCAAGCAGCGCAAGUAAUGUCGAUCAAGACAGCACAAGCGACGAUGUCGAAGAUGAUGCCGGACUUAUCGUGGCGACCCCGUCCCAUCUUCGGCACGGGCUCUCUCCCGCUUCGGGCGGCGCUUCUCAUCGUCCCCUCAUUCAAGUAUUGGGAUCCGGGGUGCUGGACCCCUUUCAAACCUAUCCCUCGACCUUCCCUUCAUCGUUGAUCUCACAAUGUCAUGAAUAUUCAUUGCAGGUCGUCUGGCCCGGUUUGACCCCCCGGCCUCUAAGCGGUUCAGAAUCGGCCGCUAUCCAAGGCUGGUUUCCGAUGGCGCUCAACGAUACUGUUGCGCUGCAUUCACUUUUGUUCGGGGCGCUCAGCCAUAAGAGACUGAACCUCUUGAAAGGCUCGGCCCAACCAGAUGAUCCUGCCGUGGCUCGGCUGGAAAUGGAUAUGCGGCGCUGUGAGGCUGAGUCCAUCUCCCUCAUCAACAAAGCGCUUCGUGAUCCAAACAAUCCUAUAACAGACGCAGUAAUAGUUUCUGUCCUUGCGAUGGCUACAAACGCCUGGGACUUGACCCUCGAGCGCUUCCAGACCGAACCUGCAACGCAGCCGGUAUUUGAUCCUUUAUUGAAAAGUCUUCAGUGGCUGGACGUCUAUGGACUCCUCGCCGCCCAUCCCAUCCAUGCGGCUGGCCUCGUUCAGCUGAUCGCAUUGAGGGGUGGCUUAAAAAAGAUUCAGACCACUGGCCUGGCUGCUAUCAUAUCAUACUCGGGCAUUAUUCAAGCGAGCAGGACAUUAACUCAACCCGUUUUUCCUUUUUUGCCGCUGGUUGACGACGGUGAUCGAACCGCAACGCUCUGGGGGAUGCUGGGCAAAUGCCCAAAUGAGCUUCGGGACGAGUUUACCUAUAGUAGUCUGUUUGAGCUGGGGCUCACGGCUGACCUUGCUGUGGUGUGGGUUGCCAUGCAGCGAUACGAACAGGGCGUUGAAAUGUUUGUCGACGGUGCCCUUCCCGACCUGGAUCUGGCGCGUUUGUGCGACCGGCGCAACCUCAUCCAACAUACUCUUUUGUCUCUUCCCUCUUACACAGACUCACCAUCAGCUGCUCGAUCGCAACCCAUCUACGAACCGACCCGCCUUGCCCUCCUGAUAUACUCCCUCACUGUGAUCUUCCCUCUCCCGCCGCAGACCGCCCCAAUAGCCAUCCUAGCUCGACAACUCAAAUCCGCACUUCGAGAGUCCGACAUGCGCUCUAGUUGGUCAUCAUCACAUCAAGCUCAGCGGCUUCUGGUGUGGAUUCUGGUCAUUGGGGGUGCCGCCGCCAGAGACGUCCCGGAAGAUCGGCUGUGGUUCAUUGCUGCGCUGGGAAGACUGUCUGCACAUCUCGGGAUCAAGAAGUUUGAAGAUCUUAAGAAAACCGUUUUAAAGCGCGUUCUGUGGCUGGACCGGGCAUGCGACGACGCAGGGAAAAAGCUGUGGACGGAGAUUUUGGAACUUGGUGGUUGA